AUAAAUUACAUUUUUACAAAGUGAUUUGGAGGGAAUUUAUGUCAAUAUAUUGUGCUAAUUGUAAACAAAUGCACACAAAAUCAUGUUCGGUGAGUGUGAACAGAUUCUUACGUGACGUCGCGGACGUGGUUUCCGUUCUUUUAGUGAUAUUCUUUGAUCAGGCCUAGUAUUUGAUGUGUAACAAUUUUAGUGUAACGGUGCACCAGGGUGUAUGCUUGAGAUUGCGUUUAGUCAACGUAUUUCUCAAAAUAUCUUUAAUAGAGCAUUGUAAUUAAACAAUUUAUAUCAAUGGUAAUGUUGCCAAAGGUGAAAGUGUCCGAAUUUCUCUUAAAGAGAAUCCAAAGUAUAAAUCAGCAGUGCAGUGGAUGUCUGUUUGGAGUUUUUUAUGGAGAUGGCACUUUAUUAUUAGUAGGGUUCAAUGUAGAAUCUACUAUUGGUCAUCUCAAUUAUAAACAAAUACAGCAUAAGUUUCCAGCAGAGCUCGACUUGUGCGGGCUAGUCAAAUUUGGUGAUUGUACAGAUGCUGAAGCUCAUCUCAGUACGAUAAUUAAAGAUGUGGAUAUAACUGAUAAUCCGAUUUUAUUGCAUUGCGAACUUGGAACAUUGGUGGGUUUGCGCGCAUCUAUAUUUAUGCAUAGCAAAUUGCAAGACAUACCGUAUGAUAUAAUGGAUUCAGAACAUCUUUAUAGGGAUUUUUGUUUUACUAAACUUAAAUGCAAUUUAAAAUUGUAUACCUAUCAAAACCCUCAGACAAUACCACAAGAUAUGCAUAUGUUACGGAAAUUUGUAUCUGGCGGAACAAUGGCCUUCCAAAUCAACUCAGGUGAAGCUUAUAUUACAAGUACUGGAACAAACUUGGACAAUAAAUCUAUUAUUAAGGAUUUAUUAUCCCCUGAAAAGUAUGCAGGGAAUGCUACUAAUUUAAAACCUCUGAUAACAAAAUUAAUCCCUCGUACAUUAAAUAAUAUAUAUGGAGCUUUGGGUUGUCAAUUUGAUAUAAUCAAUAUAAAUGGUUUAGUUUCGAAAUCCUAUGAUAGCCAGAUAAAUCAUUUAAAUGGCGAUAACGAACUUGGAAGUUCGCCUGCUGUAAACAUUGGUAUCAAAAACAAAGUAAAUAAAAUUUGCAUUCCACUCCAAAUGGAAUCGAUGGCAAUGCUGUCGAAAAAUACUAAAGUUAAUCGCCUUUAUGAUAUUCUUAUAGAAAGUGUGUGCCGAUCGUUACGUCUGUUUGAGCAUGCAAUUAUUGAACAUUUAGAAACUGAAAAUAAUUUGGUAUUAAUACCUCGCAGCUACCACUUUUUUCCACAGGAAUUAGGACAUUUCCUUUCCUGUUCAUAUCUUGAAGGCAUUAGUGAUGAUGAAAUAACUAUGCAAAAUCGUCGAAAACGUCUACAUCGCCAUUUUGGACUGCCAAUUACGCAACCAUUUUUUCGACGUGCAAAUCGAUGCCAGUUUAAAAAUGAAAUGGAAUUGGAAACACCGCUAUUAAAUGUUCACUGUGGAGUACGGCCAAUUGGAUUGUUAGAAGGAAAACAAUAUAUUACGCAAGGAAAUUAUUACUACUUUCAUUAUUUACAAGAUAAAGGUUGGGGCUGCGCGUAUCGUUCUCUUCAAACUAUUUUUUCCUGGUUUUUAUUGCAAGGGUAUACUGAUGAGAAAAUACCGAAUCAUAAUAAAAUUCAAAAAUACCUAGUUGAAAUCGGUGAUAAACCACAAAACUUUAUUGGAUCUUCUCAAUGGAUUGGUUCAGCUGAAGUAAGCAUGUGUCUUCAAGGAUUUCUAAAUGUAGAGUCGAAAAUUCUGCAUGUCGCAAUAGGAGAAAACUUAGCUAAAAUAGCUUAUGACCUCGUUCUUCAUUUUCAAACUAAUGGCACUCCAGUUAUGAUUGGUGGUGGAGUUUUGGCGCAUACAAUAAUUGGAAUACAUUAUUCUAAUGAACCCAGGGAUAUUAAGUUCCUGAUUUUAGAUCCUCACUAUUCUGGUACUGAUGAUGUCGAGAUCAUACAAUCAAAAGGUUGGUGCGGAUGGAAGGGAUCUGAUUUCUGGAACAAAAAAAAUUAUUACAAUUUAUGUUUACCACAACUUCCAAUUCUAUAUUAGAACCACACAACGCUGGAUUGAAUUUAAUACAAUAUAGGAUUGAAUUUUAUACAAUA